AUGGUUGAUCUCGAAUGGAAUGCGAUGGGAUACUUCUCAUGUCGCGAUGUCGAGCAACCGAGGUCGUAUUCUGAUGGUGAACGGGCUCGCGGUGGCCGAACUACGGCGUGGGCUCCCACUGGUAUUGCUAUCUUUGUCGAAGUUUGUUCCCAUUGCUUCAACUUGAGAAAGUGGCGUACUGGCUCCUGGUGA